AUGCCACACAAGCGAGCCAAGAAGAGCAUUCGAGAUGUGCAAAGCCAGCAAAGGGGCAAUGACCUGCCUCCGAGCGAAAAGACGACCCAAGGCAGAAAAGAUCUCGGCGGCCUGUCCAAGACGAUGUACAGGGUAUUGAAUGCCGAGAAGAUACGCAACGAACGCAGGCAGAGGUUGGCCAACGCUACCGAGCCCGCUAAGGAUGCAGAGACACGCAGCGCUGUGCAAUCACGGCAAGCUCUCAAGGCCAAGGCAAAGGAGCUCAAGCAGCUACCCGGAGAAAGCGACAGGCAGUUCAAUUUGCGAGUGGAAAACACACUUCAGCCCGGCAUCCUCAAGGCGAUGCGUACUUCGAAAGCCAGGGCGAAAUCAGACAAAGUCGUCGCCCACAAGAAGACGGCCAAGCAAGCUGCUCCGGCGACAGAAGCACUCAAUAGCACCGCCUACAUUCACCAAGAUGCCCAGAACGGCGAGUAUGACCACUCAGGCUUCUCGUCUGCCCAUCUCGUUGUCUCAACAAGAGGCAAUCCAGCAUGA